GCCCAACAAGACAACAUGCCUCCCAAAAAGCCUGAGCCUAAGAAGGAAGCGGCCAAGGCAGCCUCAGCCCCAGCCCUGGCCUCUGCCCCACCUCCUGAGCCCCCCAAGGAACCUGCCUUUGAUCCCAAGAGUGUAAAGAUAGACUUCACUGCUGACCAGAUCGAAGAGUUCAAAGAGGCCUUUUCGUUGUUUGACCGGACCCCGACUGGAGAGCUGAAGAUCACCUACGGGCAGUGCGGGGACGUGCUGCGGGCCCUGGGCCAGAACCCCACCAACGCCGAGGUGCUGCGUGUCCUGGGCAAGCCCAAGCCGGAAGAGAUGAAUGCCAAGAUGCUGGACUUUGAGACGUUCCUGCCCAUCCUGCAGCACAUCUCCCGCAACAAAGAGCAGGGCACCUACGAGGACUUCGUGGAGGGACUGCGCGUGUUUGAUAAGGAGAGCAACGGCACGGUCAUGGGCGCCGAGCUUCGCCACGUCCUCGCCACCCUGGGAGAGAAGAUGACUGAGGCUGAAGUGGAGCAGCUGUUAGCAGGGCAGGAGGAUGCCAAUGGCUGCAUCAAUUACGAAGCCUUUGUCAAGCACAUCAUGUCUGGGUGA